CGCCAACAAGCCGACUCGCGGGUCCGGUCAACCAACCACCACCGCCCGCCUCCCACGCCCGCUCUCCUAUCCGCAGCGCACCACCACCGGUCCACCGCCACGGCCAACGUGACGUCCACCACAGCGCUUGCUUCGCUUCCGUUUCCCACGCCCCGGCCCGAAGCGAGCCUAUGCGCCGCGGAUAACAGCGCGAAGCAAAACCCCACGCCGCGCGCGCUCGCGAGUAACCCGCCCGGCUCGAGGAAGGCGUGCGCGUGCUAUCCAUGGCGCCUCCGCUAUAAGCCCCCAGCGCCAGCCAGCAAGAGCCUUGCGCGGCCACGAACCUAUUUUUACACGCCGCCCGCCGCCGCCGCUGCUUAUACGUCGCGUCCGGGGACGGACGGACCCCCCUGCUCCCACCUGUUCCGUUCUCUCCCUCCUGCCUCCCGCUCCCGCGCCCACCGGCCACCGCCUCCUCCUCCCCCGCACGCCAAGGCCUCCCCGCACGGCGCCGGCGGUGCAUGGGCGGCGGGACGACGGCGGCGGCGACGACCACCGGGGCGCCAUGACCACCACCACCGCUUCGGCGGCCGUGAACGCGGCGGCGGUCGCGCAGCUCUGCGCCGGCGGCCGGCGCCGGAAGGCGGCGCAGGGGCCCCGGGUCGACCUGCGCUGGGCGCGCCUGCUCCGCGUCGCUGUCGUCAGCCGGGUGCUCCGCGUCGUGCGGGACCAGCUGCUCGCGUGCUCCUCCUGCGGCGGCGGGGGAGCCGCCGGAGGCGGCGGCAGGGGCGGGCGGUACCGCCGCCUCGGCCCGCCCGCGCACGCCGGGAGCGCCGCGCUGGCCCCGGUCGACAGGGACGACGGCUGCGUCUCCGGCGCCGACGACGCCGAUGACGCGGCCCCUUGCGACGCGGCCGCGGACGGCGAGAACGUCGUCAGCCUCAAGGUCAGCCUGCUCGGCGACUGCCAGAUCGGCAAGACAAGCUUCAUGGUUAAGUAUGUGGGAGAUGACGGGGAGGAGCAGAACGGAUUGCAGAUGACGGGCCUGAAUCUCAUGGACAAGACGAUGGCCGUCCGGGGAGCUAGGAUUGCCUACAGCAUCUGGGAUGUGGCAGGAGACAUCCAAUCCAUCGACCACAUCCCGAUCGCGUGCAAGGACGCCGUGGCGAUCCUGUACAUGUUCGAUCUCACGAGCCGGUGCACGCUUAAUAAUAUUCUAGAUUGGUAUGAGAGGGCGAGGAAAUGGAAUAAGACGGCUAUUCCAAUCCUAAUCGGGACAAAGUUUGAUGACUUUGCUCAGCUUCCUCUUGAGAUGCAAUGGGCCAUUGUUAACCAGGCCAGGGCAUACGCAAGAGCGAUGAAGGCGACCCUCUUCUUCUCGAGCGCGACGCACAACAUCAACGUGAACAAGAUCUUCAAGUUCAUCACGGCGAAGCUCUUCAACCUGCCGUGGACGGUGGAGCGCAACCUCACCAUCGGCGAGCCCAUCAUAGACUUCUGACGAGACCUCCUCCUCCUUCCUUCCUUCCUCUAACAGAUAACUAGGCAGCGCUGCAGCAGCGCACCACGACCCUUCGUCUCCCCCUGGGUCGGAUCGUGUCUUGCUCUUUGCUCGGCUCCUGCUGGCCGCUCUCGGCGCCGGAGCCAUGAGCGAGCCUCGGCGCAGGCAAGGCGAGAUGCCUUUGUACAUAGGUGACAGCGCCCCUGCCCGUGCAGUGCAGGGGCGUCGGGAAAAAAAAAGGAAAACCGCGAGGUGUAUGCAACACCCCCGGCCGGCCUAACAUUUCGACAGAGUGUAUAGGAAUCCAUGUUAAUAUAUCCAUCGUUUCCUUUGCUCCUA